AUGAUUUCCUCGGCGAUCUUCGGGGCAGCAGCCGGCACAGGUCUCGCCCUGGUCGUCGCGAUGACGAUUGUUGUCUAUCGAUAUUACGCCGUGAAACGAAAGGGAAAGUACUGGAGCAACCUCGACCGUUGGCCCGAUCCACCAACCACGAGACGACUGGAAGCUAGGCAAGAGGAUCCUCUGCAACAUUCUCACGACCCUUCCUCCUCCCAUGUGCUAAAUUGUUGGAAGAAACAGCAGAAGAACUACUACGCAGUGCAGAAUGGGGAAUUCAACGUCGCCAAGGAAAAACACGCUGUGCAACCGUGCUCCUCCGUGGUAGUCGAGUCGGGAAGCCUGCCGCACCAGAGUCGCAGCUACCCUGGCGGAAGUGGCGGAAGCGGAGGGAGCACGGGUCGGUUGCUCACCAGAAAUUCAUCCGUCAGCUCGCAGAGUUCCGUCGAGGGACAACAACAGCAGCAGCAGCAAAGUCAUCGGAGCACGUCGCAUAUUCGGGCGUUCGGGCCUGACGGGCGUCAUCAUCACUAUCAUCAUCAUCAUCGCGACCCGUUGCACGCUGCCUCCUCCUAUCCGCCGAGCAGAAGUUCAAGAUCACCGUCACCGGGCCGGGCUGCCUCUUUGGACGCACGAUGCGGAAACCCAGCCAGUUGUUCCGGAAGUCUUCUGAGCAGCAACGCGUCACGGUCCCAGAGCUCCCUGUCGUCCCUGGCAACAGGUGUGAGCUCCUCUUGCGGAGGCUCCUCGAUCAGCGUUGCCCACGGUGCUUCGAGAUCAGCUGGCCGAAGUCUAUCGCCUCUUCUUAUACCGCCGAUACGUGCUUCUGGAAGCGAGGGUGGACCACCACCUCCAGCUUCGCCUCUGGGUUCCCUACAGCCUGAUCUCUAUCAACGAAGGGACGGACCAAUUUUCCUCAAGUCUCACGGGAAUGGGAAGUGUCUAGGUCGACUGCAUUUGCAGUUCAAAUACGACUUCAAUCGAUCGGAUCUUCACGUUCACCUGAUCGAAGCACACGAUCUAGCUGGCAGCGAUCAAGGGGGAUUCAACGAUCCUUACGUGAAGCUUACCCUCAGUCCUGAGGUGGAUGCGAGGAAACGACAGACACAGAUAUAUCGUAACGAGGCGAAUCCGUUCUUCGAUCAGCAAUUCAAAUUCCCCGUCAGCCACGAUGAUUUCCACGACAAAAUCCUUCUUCUGCAGGUGUUGGACUACGACCGGUUCUCCAGAAACGACGUGGUAGGUUCCGUUAAAGUACCUCUACACAUCCUGCGAUUAGACUCCCCAUCAUCGACGGAGGAAAUUUGGGGCGAAAUUGAACGCGAACGGAAGCCACCGGAACAAAUACAAGAAGUUCUACUCUCGUUGUCUUAUCUACCGAGCGCCGAACGAUUAAAAGUCGUCAUCGUGAAGGCGAGGAAUCUAUUUCCGCCCCAGCAAGAAAAGGAGACCCUGGAUUCCUUCGUGAAGGUGAAUCUUCUGUGCGCGGAAAAACGGAUAAAGAAGAAAACCGCUGUAAAGAAAGCGACGACCAGUCCUAUUUGGAAUGAGGCGAUGUCCUUUGACGUACCUGCUAAUUCGCUUCCGUCAUCCGCCAUUGAAGUGCGGGUGAUGGACUCGAGUAACGAGAUCGUUGGAUCGUGCAUCAUCGGCCCGGCGACGGGCGCCACGCCGGGUCUGGAGGGUAGCGGCAGCCACGGACGGGAGCACUGGCUGCACAUGACACAGUCGCCAAGAGAGACGAUCGCUAUGUGGCACACAUUGCACUAAAUUUCGCCGUGACGAUCA